GUGGUUCAGUCUUUUUUAGCACGGCAGCAGCUCCUCUCAAAAUCAGAAUCAACUGACGAAGACAAAAUGACCUGCAGAGUGUGUCUGUUGGUUUUCGCCUUGGGUUUACAGCUGGCGACGUUCGGACUGAGAGCUGAGAUCACACAGGAAAAUACAGAGGCAGUGUUUGUGUCCCAGCAGAUGGCCCACACGGUGCUUCAUCGCCAGCGCAGAUACAACACCGGCCAUCUUGAGGAAUUUCUCCAGAAAGAUAACCUGGAGCGUGAAUGUAAAGAGGAGGUUUGCACUAUGGAAGAAGCCAGGGAGGUGUUUGAGAAUGAUGAGGAAACUUUGAAGUUUUGGGCGAGCUAUAUCGACGGUGACCAGUGUGACCCUCCGCCCUGCCUGAAUGGAGGUGUGUGCAAAGAUGGGAUGAGCUCUUACGUGUGCUGGUGCCAACCCAACUUCAGAGGCAAAAACUGUGAAACUGAAAUAAAAAGGUGUUCCAUCGACAAUGGUGGCUGCAUGCAUUUAUGUGUGAUGCAGGCGCGGCGAGCGGUUUGUUACUGUGCAGCUGGUUACAAACUUGGUCUAGAUAAAGCAAGCUGUGAACCAACUGAGGAGUUCAGCUGUGGUCGUGUGAGUCGGUCCUCUGGUUCUGACACCAGGUCCAUCCAAACACAGCAGACUUCCAACAACACAUUCACCCCCAGAUCUGUACAAAAUUCUUCCGCACCCCAGGAGGAAGACUACUAUGAUGACGAUAAGAUGCAGCUGAGUGAUUACUUCGACCUUUUAUUGAAUGGAUCAGACACGGUUAACGUCUCCCAUAAGGCGAGGGUUAAAGUGCGUUCUGUGAAGCCAGAUUCAGGUCUCUCUACUGAAGCUGAAGGUGUGGCAGAAGGCACCGCAGAAACUCCCCUUGAGACAGAACAAGACUACUCAUGGGGGUUCCCCACAAUGGCUCCCAUCAAACUAAAAAAAGUCACUCAGACGAGGAUUGUAGGAGGCGAUGUGGCGUACCCCGGAGAAAUUCCUUGGCAGGUGACAUUGAUGACCCGCCCGCCAAGUCAGAAAAGAGCACAGCCCUUCUGCGGUGGAUCUCUGCUCAGUGACUUAUGGGUCAUCACUGCUGCCCACUGUCUAAACAACAUGGGACCGGAUUUCUUUGUCAGAGUUGGUGAACAUGAUGUGAACGUGGAUGAGGGUCCUGAGAGGGACCAUGCGGUGGCAGAGAGGCACGUCCACUCAUCCUAUGAUCCUAGGAUAUCUGACUACAACCAUGACAUUGCCUUACUGAAACUUGCCAGUCCCGUUGAGCUGUCCAACCAGAGGCGCCCCAUUUGCCUUGGCCCAAAAGGUUUUAUAGAGACCCUUGUGGAGGAGGCCACCAGCUCCCUUGUGAGUGGAUGGGGAAAACUGAGGUUCUACGGCCCAGAAGCCACCAAGCUUCAGAAACUGGCGAUCCCUUACGUGGAUCGUAAAGUGUGUAAGGAAAGCAGCAGUGACCACAUCACACGCUUCAUGUUCUGUGCUGGCUUCCGGGACCAACAGAAAGAUUCGUGCAAAGGAGACAGUGGCGGGCCACAUGCCACCAACUACAAGGGCACAUGGUUCCUGACAGGCAUCGUCAGCUGGGGGGAGGAAUGCGCCAAAGAAGGAAAGUAUGGCAUCUACACAAGGGUUUCGCAUUAUUACCCCUGGAUUGUACAGAAAACAGGAAUCAGAAUGACCACCUGAUGUUUCCUCCUGUUGUGAAUCCUUCUGAAAAUCAGAAUCAUCUAAAAUUGUUGCAGAACUUUUAGCUACAGUUUGUUUUCCCAAAAAAAGAAAACUACUUCUUUUGAGUUUUUCCAUGUUUCUUAUGGAACAUUCAGAAAUAAAAACCCUUGUCCAAUUUCUAAUAAAUGUUUAAUUUGGUACUGUUUUUUAAGCAAGGUUCACCUACCAUGGCCUUUAAUGCGCUUAGUCAACUUUGAACUGUAUGUGUGUAUUUCUGUUGUCUGUCUGAUCUUGUUUGGGUUGUACUGGAAUGCAUUUCGUAUGUCAGUGUAAGCUGUGCAUAUGACAAUAAAUCCCUAUUGUCUACUCUCUA